AUGUCAUCUGCAUUUCCCAGAUUGCCAAGGUAUAGUGGUGAUACCGAUGACGAACAUUCGAUUCAUUUGAAACGUACAAUUGGAAAAUCAAACCCUAUAAGAUCACCAAGGAAAGCAUCAGAUUAUAAUGGGUAUCGAAAUGUCGAUACAGAUGGGAUAGACCACCAACUACAUCAUCGAAAUGGAACUAAAAUACUUGAUAUAGAUCAGGAGAUAUCAAUGACGUUGAAUGGUGUACAAGAAGAUAUUGAUGAGGAGGAGUUGAAUGACUCGUAUUUGAAGUUUGUCAAUAACCAGUAUGACAAUGAUUAUGUCGAAGACGAGGAUGAAGAUUAUAUAUUAAGUGAUGGUGACACUUACAAUGAGUCGUUUAAUGAUGAUGAAAGCGAGGAUUUGGAGUACUUGGAUUAUAAAAGAAGAUUAUCUGACGAAGUACCGGAAUAUUCCCAUCGACUUGAAUCACCGCGGUUGUCAAAGACAAUCGAUCACGACGAACAACAAGAUAGGGAUACCAUGGAUGAUAAUACGUUAACACAAAAACUUAGAAGCUUUCUGUGGAAAUCUGCCCUUAUUUUUGUAAUAUCAUAUGCGACAGUAAUUAUAGUAAUUGCAAUUAUGAUGUUGAAUAAAAGUUCCAAAUCAAAUCCUAGUCCUGAAGUAAACCUCACCGAUGUGAGUACUAGAAUAGAUGGUUUUGACCAGUCAUUACAAGAGCUUCAACGACAAACUGAAAUUAAAUUAGAACAAAUAAGCUCAAAUAUUGAAACGUUGGCUCUCAAGUCUGCGCCCGCAGGUGAUAGUGAAAAAUUGGUGUAUUUAAAACAUGGCCAAGUUCAAGUAUCCCCCCAGUUUCACAAAUUUUUGUACCACUUUCUUGAUUCAUAUAGUCAAACCUUCUUUGAUGAUAGAGUAAAGGAACUCCAACCGGACAAGAAACUAGAUAAUGUGGAUGAAUUGAAGGAGUAUGUCGACAAUGCCAUUUCAAACUCCAUCGAGUCGAUAACAUCUCAAGUUGAAUUCAAUGUGGACAAGAUCCUUGAUGGACUCAAUAUUGUCAAUGAUACAAUCACAACUGAUCCCAGACUGCGCAACACUCCUUCUACACUAAAUAAAGUAUGGAUAAACUCGAUGCUUGAGUUUAUAUCAAAAGGAUCAAAACUAGUAAACUAUGCUGACUAUAACCAGGGAUCCAGAAUACUUGGAUUUUUAACUUCAGAUUUGGAUAAACACAACUUGCUUCAGAAAAUGUGGUACGGCUGGGUAAUAUUUGCAAAAAAUCUUCAAAACCCAAACAAUGCAAUUCAUGUCCUUCUUGACGAUGAUAUCUUUUGGCAAGGAGGCGACGAAAUAGGUAUACGGUUAAGUACAUCUAUAAUUCCCACCGAUAUCUUGAUUCAGUUGGAAAAUAAAGAUGAGAGUCCAGUGCAAGCAUCAAUUGGCUUCAAACCGUAUACUAAAGCCGGAUUCGAGAAAUUGAAAUUCCCCAAAGUUGAAGAUUCCCUUGACCAUAAUAUAAAUGCAUGUAAAUUUAAAUUCAUCAAAACAAGUCAAAUACGGCUGGGGAUCAAUCAUAUUAAAAUGCCAAUUCGAUUCGUCAAUUAUCAAAUCCCAGGUAAAGAUAUUUAUUUUAAAUUUUCGAAAGAUGUGAAAAUCACCAAUAUAAAAGUGUAUGGCAUAAGUGAUAUAAAUGCAGUUCAGUUGCAAGACAGGUUUAAAUUGUUGGUUGAUGAGUUCAAUGUUGAUGAUACUGUGGGUUUAAGUGAUAAAGAGCCCGUAGUUCAUGACGACAGGCUGAGUCGUCAGAAAGUUGACGUUAGGGAAGAAAUGAAAGUGUAUGAUAUAAAUGAUGAUAUAUAUUUGUAA